AUGCUCGUUGUUUCUCUGAUUACCCUUUUGGCCCACAUGGCCAUCGCCGCGCCAGGUGCGAAGAAACGUGGCGCGAGCAACCCCGCCGUCAAGGGAACACCGCAAGUCAUUGGUCUUCUGGCCGACCCGACGCUGAACCGGGAUUCCUGUGGCUCUUCUCUCUUCGGAGGCCGCGCACUGUGGGUCUGCCGAGACUCCCAGCACUACAACUCCAGUGGCAUUCCCAACCUGCCGCUAUUCACCAGCUCCGCCUCAUGGACGGAUCUCAUCCCUGGAGGUGGCAGCCAGCUGACCAUGUAUGGUGACAACCAUGAUGACUCGUUUUAUCCCCUCGUGCCUGGCAACUGUGAUGACAACCAGGCCGGGACAUGCUCCGAUGGCACUCGGUACCCGCUGUGGGCCAACGCUCCGCCACUGGUGACGAGUUCCGAUGGUACCAGGACCACGGGUUAUACCUGGAUCAGCAACUCGCAUAUCUCCGGUCUGACCAAUCUUAUUGAAAACCCAUCGGUGACACUAUACAAAGUAACCUACACCUCUGGAGCCGACGGUCUCCCCACGGUUGAGAUCAUCAACUCGGCAUUCUGGGCGGAGGGUGAUAUUCCCUAUGGAACCUACGGCGGCGUUGUGCGUGACGGCACUGUCUACCUCUGGGGACAGGGAACCAACAGGGAUGUUAACCUGGCGCGCGUGCCUGUUGACAGCGUCGAGGAUACGUCACAGUACGAGUACUACGUGAGCGGUGCCUGGUCCAGUUCCCAGCCAGUCCUCGGCGACACUGCUGCCACCAUUGACAACGCCAGUGCAGGCGGUCAGGGCACGUAUUAUUAUUCCAACCCCUGGCACUCCUAUGUCUGGAUCGGCCAGGCGACUGACUCGGUCUCGGCUGAUUUCUACAUCACCACCGCCUCCGCACCGGAGGGCCCUUGGAUUGAGCCUUUCAAGUUCUAUUCUGGUGUCAACGGCAACUACUCUCUCGGUGCUUAUACUCUCCAGGCUAAUCCAGAUCUUUCACCAGCGGACAGCAAUGAAAUCUACCUAACAUACACCAAGACCGACGCUGUCGGAGAUAACGUUGCGCUGUAUACUACUCCUCUGAUCCUUGUUGAGUGGGAUGACUAG